AUGGCGUCUCUCAGCGCGGUGCCGUGCUGCCCAAAGUGCGGCUUCGACAUGGACCUGCCGCCGCUGCACGAGACACAAGGCGCGCUGCUCAGCGCGCAGAAGCAGAUCGAGGACCUCCAGGCGCAGGUCCGCCUGCUUAACCAGAAGGCGACCGCCGCGGUGGACCGAUGGGCCGACUACGAGGACGAGCUGGCGCGUCUGAGGUCCGCCGUGGCGGCGGCGAACAGCCGGGCCGCUGCUGCGACGGCGCCGCCUCCGCCCAUCGAGCCGCAGGGCCCGCCGAGCCCGUCGCGGUCUCCCGCGUCUUCUUUCCUCCCGCAGGGAGCGGCGAACAGGAUUUCUGCACUGCUGUCGCCGCGGUCGGCCAAGUCAACCCCGGAUCUGAAGGCUCAGGCCCCGGCCUCUCCCUAUCAAACACCCGGCGGGCCACGGUCACAGUUCUCGCCUGCUAUACCCAUGUCGCCGACGCCAAGCACGGACGAGCUCCUCAAUGCACUGAGCCGGGAGCAGUCGCUCCGUCUGCAGGCGGAGGGCAAGCUCAACGAUACCAGCCGUGAGGUGGAAGAGCUGAGCGUUCAACUGUUCGAGCAGGCUAAUGAGAUGGUGGCUACGGAGCGCAGGGCGCGGGCGAAAUUGGAGGAACGGGUCGAGGUCCUAGAAAAACGGGACACAGAAAAGAGACGACGGCUUGAUAAGAUUGAACAGGCCAUGGAUAGGAUCGACAGAGUCCGUGCUUUGAUCGGUGAGACAGGACAAUGA